UACUAACCGCAUGUUUGCUUUGAUAGAACCUCAUUAUAUCCUCACUUGAGGACACUCUUAACAAUAGCCUACACAUGCGUGGUCUUUCUUGCUUUCUCCUCUGGAUUCUGAUCCAAGUGUCUUCUGGCACCUUUAGAGUCACGGGCCAUAUUGGGCACAGUGUCACUCUGACAUGUAGGUAUGACGCCCAAACUCACGGAGUCUUGAACUUUUGCUGGGGCAAAGAAAGGGUGCCCACAUCCAAAUGCUCGAACACCAUCCUUUCCUAUGACGGGUCUGUGCUUUCCACGGAGUCCCCCAGGUACCAGCUGCUGGGCUCGCUGAGAGAUGGCGACGUGUCGCUGACCAUCCUCGAUGCUCAGAGGGAUGACGCUGGUGCGUACGGCUGCAGGGUCGAGAUUCCUGGGUGGUUCAAUGACCAUAAGGUCAACAUAGAACUGAUUAUGGAGGAAGCUCCUGCGGAACAACCUGUUACCCAGAACUGGACAGUUUCUACUGCUGGGACAACAACAGUUUCAGGUCCUACAGAAAUAUUGAUGUCAACAUCUGAAAAUGUGGAAGUCGGUGACCCACAAAUGGACUUAAUUCGAAGUGAAACAACCGAGUUGAAUUUCAAAGACUUCUUGAGCAUGGCAAACAUUGGCAGGAUGGCAGGUCUUUUCUUGCUCAGCAUUAUCAUAAUCCUGGCUUUUAUUUUCAGAAGGAAGUGCCGGAUGAAGGAGGCCCUGAAACAUCGCAGCACCGUAACAGCUGAGAAUAUUUAUGAAAGCAUCUCGAUGGUUUAAUGAUGACCAAAAAUGAGAAAACAGAUUUCCACAAUUUAAGGAACUUGUGACUGCAGAAGCGGUUGCCUGACGUCUAAUCUUUCCAUUUCCUGAUCCACUGCUUCAAUAUUUCCAAGAAAAGCAGCUUACAGGGGCCCACGGCUCAGAUCCCACUGAAAAAGGUACAUUUACAUCACAAGAUGUAAAAAUAACCAACAGAUUCAUUAAUAAGCUUUUGCGUCCUGUCAUUCCUACUGCCCAGGAGAGCUGCUGGAUUGUUUAUACUAGUACACACAAUGCCACCUACUGGCAAUACUGAGCACUGUGAAAAACAAAGUUUGUUGGUAUGACAGCAGAAAGGAUACCAGGUAUUAAUUGAGUAUACACUUCUCAGCUGUAUAUUUAAAAAAAAAAUGUUUGGAUGACAUGGUUCAAUUUAACUGUGAAACAGAUAUUUAGUGAUGUGAAAGAAACGCCUUCUCUAAUAUAUAUUAUAUAUGUGCAUAUAUGUUUUUUUUUGUGUGUUUUUUCCCCAAUACAUUCAGCAAGUUUAUAUGUCAAAACUAAAUACUUAUGGUGUAUUUAUU